AACAAAAAAAGGGGCGGUGAGUGGGUAAGACGGUCAUUUGGAACAUAGCCUGAGGUCUGUCUGCUCACAGAGCAAGGAGCACAAAGCCAUGGAAGAGGAGGCCAAAGUUGUCCGGGAGGGAUACCUUGUGAAAAAGGGAAACAUGUUCAAUACCUGGAAGGCAGUUUGGGUUGUUCUUUUAGAAGAUACGUUUGAAUUUUACAGUAAAAAAGGUGAUGGGAGUCCCAAAGGAGUCAUUCCACUGAAGGGAAGUUCGAUUACAUCUCCGUGUACAGACUACAUCAAGAGAAUGUUUGUUUUUAAGUUACACACAGCAAAGAAUCAGGACCAUUAUCUGCAAGCUUCCCACCUGGAAGAACGUGAUGCUUGGGUGAAAGACGUGAAGAGAGCGAUUCAAUGUAUUGAAGGUGGCCAGAAGUUUGCACGCAAGUCAACGAGGAAGUCUAUCAAGUUGCCUGAAAAUAUAAACUUGGGUGCUUUAUAUCUUUCUAUGAAGGACCCUGAGACCGGAGUCAAAGAACUGAAACUGCAAAAAGACAAGAAAGUUUUCAAUCAUUGCUUUGCAGGUGCCUCUGUGAUUGAUUGGUUGCUGUCAUCUAACUUUGUCAGGAAUCGGCGAGAGGGAAUGAUGCUGGCAGCAGCCCUUGUUUGUGAUGGUUAUGUUCAGCCAGCUGAAGAGAAGGCCAAAUCAGCAGCUGAGCGCAUCGCUGAAAACUGCUUUAUUGAUGACUCCAAUGCAUAUUAUUAUUUCGCUGACAGCGGCUUUUUCAGUGAAGGAAGCUCAGGUGACGACGAAGACAUUUUAAAAGAGGAGUUUCGAGGAGUCAUUGUGAAACAGGGCUGUUUGCUGAAGCAGGGUCACCGGAGGAAGAACUGGAAAGUCCGAAAGUUUGUUCUGCACGAUGAUCCUGCCUACCUGCAUUACUACGACCCAGCAGCGGAUGAUCAGGACCAGCCUCUUGGUUCCAUUCACUUGCGGAGUUGUGUAGUGACAGCGACUGAUGGUCUUUCAGAUGGAAAGAAAUCUGAUGUUAAGGGGAAUCUCUUUGAAAUCAUCACAUCAGAUGAAGUGCACUACCUGAUCCAGGCUGCAACACGGGAAGAGCUCACUGAGUGGAUAAAGGUUAUUAAAAGUGUAGCAAGUACCGGGAAAUAAAAAUGGAGCCAAGCAAAUACCACAUUGUUGAUUCUCCGGAACUUUAAAGACAUUAACUAGCUCUCAAAAUAAAUAGUCAACUCUUUAUUGCUGGCAGCAGUGAUAUAAACAACUAGAUGUAUACGCACAAUGGCUAAAGCAGUGUCUUAGUAACUCAUUACUAAAUAAAAACCGAAAGAUCUGUGGAUGCUGUAAAUCAGAGACAAAAAUAGAAAUUGCUGGAAAAGCUCAGUAG